UCAAACUGAUAACAAUUACAGAAUUUAUUUUUUGUUGUGUGUUAAUCAAAUAAUUAACUUAUAUUUGUAUAUUUAAGUUUAAUUUAUAUUAAAAUGACCGAUUCUAAUUCAUCUACAGACAUAUCUGUUCACCAACGGCGUAGAAAGAAAAAGACUGUAAGGAAAUCGAAUAGUGAACCAUGUUUAGCAGAUAAGAAUGAUGUAGAUAUUAAUACACAAAGAUCUAUUGCCUUGAGUGAAGAAUUGUUAGAAAAACUUAGUGAUUUACCAGAAGUUCGUAAGUUUAUUGAAAAAUUACAGAAAAUAAUACAGAAACAAGUUAAGAAAAUCAUGAAAUGGAAGGCAAAAGCUAAAGAGGUCAAAGCAGGGAAUAAAGCGAGGGAUGUUGGUAGUCAAACUGAAUUUGGCUAUAAUACUCUCAGGGAUGACAUUAGUUUAAAAACGGAUACUACCAAAGAGCCUGAAACAAAACAAGAAAAAAGUUUGGCAGAUGAUAUUCGAGAAGCAGCAGAAGAAGCAGUUCAGUCAUCUGGUUUUGUAUUUGAAGCCACAUCAGGGUUGUAUUAUGAUUAUAACAGUGGAUACUAUUACAAUGCUGAAUAUGGGUUGUAUUAUGACGGAACUACAGGAACUUAUCUAAAAUAUAAUGAAGAAACACAAAAUUACGAGUUUCAUUCUCAAGUAUCUGUACCUGAAGCUGAACCCAGUAAAGCUACAUCUGUUCCAAAGAGAAAAAAUAAAAUUGAUCGGAGAAAAAAAGAUGCCAAGCGCUCUCGGAGAGAUACGGAUGAUUUUGAAGAAGGAGAGUACACUGACAGCAGUAUAAGUUCUAGUCUGAGUAAUGAAGAUGGGGGCAACUCUGAAUCCAGUGAGGUUUCUAAGCAUUGGCCACCCUGUAUGCGACUGAUCGUUGAAACCACCGAGAUUCCCAAAAUAAAGCAGGGCUCUCUAUACAUAAUAACCUGCGAUGGGGGUACAGUAGGAAGGGAAGGAGACCAUUCAGUGCUACUUCCCGACAUCAACGUUAGCAAGCACCAUCUCAAAGUGUCUUUCGACGGAUCGAAAUAUACCGUGAUCGACUUGGGCUCUCAAAACGGAACUUUGUUGAACGGAAAACGGAUGUCUGCGGCGAAGCAGGAAAGUGAGGCCGUGGAAAUAACUCACGGGAGUAAGCUGCAGUUGGGUUCGACCACUUUGCUAUGUCAUAUUCACGACGGUAAUCAGACGUGCGGCCACUGUGAACCUGGUCUUCUAAUGGGGGAUGACAAAGAAUACUUUACGGCUCUUAGUAAAAACAAGACAAAUAUAAAUCAACAGUACAAAAAAGAGUUAAGAAAAUUAAAAAAGCAACACGGCUUCUUGGGUAGCGAGGAAUCGGGAAAAUUGGCAACAGGGUAUACUGACAGGGCUCAGAAACGCAGAGAGACUAUAGGGAGUCAGAAUCCGUAUGAAAAAACUCAAACUGCUUCGUUGGAAGAAGCAAUACCGUCAGAAAAUAAAGGCUUUAAGUUACUGUCAAAAAUGGGCUGGAAAGAGGGUGAGGCUUUGGGCAAAGAUGGUAGUGGAGCUGUUGAACCAAUUAAGUUAUCAUCCAAUGUUGGUACUUCGGGAAUCGGAGCUGCUCCAGUACCAACUUCAAUACCAAACGACGCCAAAGUGACUAUGUGGAAAAAAGCGCAGGAGCGUUUUGAAAAGCUACCUUCUACUCCAAUUUUUGACGAAAAUGAAGAUUAAGCUUUGUUUUAUGUAUUUAAACAGAUAAAUAAAUGACUUUGUUUUA